AUGAACAAGUACCGUCUAGUUGAUAAUAAAGGAAUGGUGGUAGAAGAUAUGCACGAAGAGGAGCCAAGCACAUCAUCUGGUGCGUUUUCUCGACCUUCUGCGUUGAAAAAUGGACCUGCAGUUCCUCAACUCACAUCACACAUAUGGGGAACUGGCCCUGAAGCAGUACCACGACCACAGCAAAGUGUGCUAGAGAAGGCCUUGAAUGCAAGUACAAAGUGCAAGCUCUCUCUUCUUUGCAGUUCGCUGGCCCCAUCUGCGAUUGCACCAUCCGCUCCCCGCACUCCGAAUCUCCAGCGAUGUCAACCUUCCCGCGGAGAUCCCACUUGGAAUGAUACCAGUAGUGGAUAUGCUACAAUGAAUGGAGACUUACCGAUGAGCACUCCGAAGAAUUAUGACAGUGCAGUUCGUGCUUAUGAAAAUUAUCAAGGACUCCCGGUUCCUGAUUCAGUGGAUGCGGUCUUAGAUGAAGUCAGUAGAAAAACUCGAAGUGCCCCGACAAAUGCAGCAAGCAGUAGUGGAGUCCCUGAUAAUGUUCUCGAAACGUCCAUUUGCUCCUCAGUGAACUCGUCGUUGGCUGUCGAUAGCCAUUCGCUAGGAAGUCGUAUGGAGUUAACUGCACUUCCUAAUGUCACGAGAUUCUCGGAAUUCGGUGUAAAGGAGGAACCUGGAGAGAGCCCUCCUCCUGAUGCUCUUCCAAGUCCACCACAAUUCGAUCAGACCGUGAGUGUUGGGCAGAGAGAAGCAGGAGAGGGGAAGGUUGUUGGUGAAAAGGAGCGUGAAGAGUUCUGGGCGUUAGGAAUAGCAGAAAUGAAGAAAGGACACGAGAUCAUUGAAACAAGAUCAAAAAUUGAAAGCCUUCAGAAACAGCUAUUUGAAGCCACAGCUCUCCUCCAGCAGAUGGAAGUCGACAUGAACGAAAUCCUUCGUCGAAAAUCGGAAUUGCUUGGUCUACCAGUUCCCAGCACGUUUGUGUGA